CCGUAAGAGAUAAGAGGAAAGCUGAACACACUUGUCUGCAGUAGAACACCCAGCUUAUGUAGUCAUGCAGCUACUGGAUUCGCACAAUUGUGCGUAGGAGUCCUGAAGUAACAGAAAUGUGUGGAAAAACAGACAACGUCGCAUGUAUACACAGGAAUUAGGCUACAUGGUGGGAAACAAUGAAUAUUCUGAGAAUAUCUUUAUAGCCUGGAUUUUGGUAAAGGGGAGAGUGAGUCUAAAGGUCUUAAGCCUUACCUAUGCAGCUCUGUGAAGACUAAGUGAUUUAUGGAUAACACACAAACAUUCAUCAACAGAGAUUUUCCUUCAGGAUGCAGUAUGUUGCACAGAGAGAGAUCAAACCCAUCAGAGUCCAGCUGUGUGUCCAUGAAGAGUGACCACUCUAUGGGCAAGCCAAUAAAAUUCAAGGGAAGACAAACAUCGACUGAUCUAAGUAUUUUGCACAGAGGGAGAUCAAACCCACCAGAGGCCAGCUGUGUGUCCAUGAAGAGCAACCAGUCUAUGGGCAAGCCAAUAAAAUUUAAGGAAAGACAAACAUCAACUGAUCUGAGUCUGAGGGAUAGAUCAAACCCAUCGGAGUCCAGCUGUGUGUCCAUGAAGAGCGACCAGUCUAUGGGCAAGCCAAUAAAAUUUAAGGGAAGAGACACAUCAACUAAUCUGAGUAUUUUGCAUGGAGAGAGAUCCAACCCACCAGAGGCCAGCUGUGUGUCCAUGAAGAGCGACCAGUCUAUGGGCAAGCCAAUAAAAUUUAAAGGAAGUCACACAUCUACUGAUACGAGUCUUUUGCACAGAGACAGAUCAAACCCAUCAGAGCCAAGCUGUGUGUCCAUGAAGAGCGACCAGUCUAUGGGCAAGCCAAUAAAAUUUAAAGGAAGUCACACAUCUACUGAUACGAGGUACAACAUUUAUCUUUUGCACAGAGACAGAUUAAACCCAUCAGAGCCAAGCUGUGUGUCCAUGAAGAGCGACCAGUCUAUGGGCAAGCCAAUAAAGUUUGAGGGAAGACAAGCAUCAACUGAUCUGAGCACAUUCAAAUCAAAUCUAAUGAAGAAGUUUCAGUGUCUGUAUGAAGGAACAGCAAAACAAGGAAACCCAACAUUCCUGAAUGAGAUCUACACAGAGCUCUACAUCACAGAGAGUAAAAGUGGAGAGAUCAAUAAACAACAUGAGGUGAGACAGAUUGAGACACAAUCCAGGAGCGCAGCAACAGAGGACGCACCAAUCAAAUGCAAUGACAUUUUUAGACCUUUACCUGGACAAGACAAACCCAUCAGAACUGUGCUGACAAAGGGAGUCGCUGGCAUUGGAAAAACAGUCUCUGUGCAGAAGUUUAUUGUGGACUGGAGUGAAGGAAAAGAAAAUCAGGACAUCCAGCUCAUAUUUCCACUUCCUUUUAGAGAGCUCAACUUGAUGAAGGACGAAAAACUCAGUCUUUCAGAUCUACUUCAGGUUUUGUUUCCUGAAACAAAAGAAAUUGAAAUAUCCAGUGAUGCAUAUAAAGUUUUCUUCAUCUUUGAUGGCCUGGAUGAGUGUCGUCUGUCUCUGGAUUUUAAGAGCAAUGUGAAGUUGUAUGAUUUAAGUGAAUCUGCCACAGUAGAUGUGCUACUGACGAACCUUAUUGCCGGGAAUCUGCUGCCCUCUUCUCUCAUCUGGAUCACCUCCAGACCAGCAGCAGCUGAUCUCGUCCCCUCUGAGUGUGUCCAUCGAGUGACAGAGGUACGAGGCUUCAAUGACCCAAAGAAGGAGGAAUACUUCAGAAAGAGAAUCAGUGAUCAGAGUCUGGCUAACAGAAUCAUCUCACACCUAAAGUCAUCAAGGAGCCUCCACAUUAUGUGCCACAUCCCAGUGUUCUGCUGGAUUUCAGCCACUGUUCUAGAGGGUAUGUUGGGAAAAUCAUUGAAAGGAGAGAUCCCUAAGACUGUUACUCAAAUGUACACAUACUUCCUGAUCCUUCAGACAAACAUUAAACAUGAGAAGGACUAUGAGAAAAAACUGAAAGAUGAAGACAUGAUCCUCAAACUGGGGAAACUGGCUUUUCAGCAGCUUGUGAAAGGCAACCUGAUCUUCUAUGAUGAAGACCUGAGCGAGUGUGGCAUUGAUGUGACAGAAGCAUCCGUGUACUCAGGAUUGUGCACACAGAUCUUCAAAGAGGAAUUUGGCUUGUAUCAGGGGAAGGUCUUCUGCUUCGUUCAUCUGAGCAUUCAGGAACAUCUAGCAGCUCUAUAUGCACACUUCUCCUUUUCAGACUACAUAAAUGUGUUCGACCAAGCCACUGAACAAAAUAUCUUUUCUAAGGUCGUAAAUUGGAUGAAAAAUAGUUCAUUAUUUGGCCUACAUAAGACAGCUGUGGAUGAGGCUUUACAGAGUAAGAAUGGACAUCUGGACCUUUUCCUGCGUUUUCUUCUGGGUAUCUCAGUGGAGUCUAAUCAGACUCUCUUACAAGAACUAAUAAUACAGACAGGAAGCUGCUCCUACAAUAAAAUGGAAACAGUUGAAUACAUCAAACAGAAGAUCAGGGAGAAUCCCUCUCCAGAGAGAUGUAUCAGUCUGUUCCACUGUCUGAAUGAACUGGGCGAUGAUUCACUAAUGCAGGAGAUCCAGGAUUAUCUAAGAUCUGGAAAAAUAAAUAAAAUCAAACUCUCUUCUUCACAGUGGUCAGCUCUGGUUUUUGUAUUGCUGACAUCAGAGCAGAAGAUGGAAAUGUUUGAUCUAAAAAAAUUUAUGGGUGCACAAAAUACAGCAGAUGAAGUUCUUCAGAAACUGCUGCCUGUGAUUAUAGAAUCCAGAUCAGCUCAAUUGUGUAAGUGUGGUGUCACAGAUAAAGGUUGUGCUGUUCUGGCUACAGCUCUAAGCUCAAACCCCUCAUACCUGAGAGAUCUGAAUCUAUCUGGAAAUAAACUACAAGAUGCAGGAGUGAAGCUGAUCUCAGAUGGACUGAUGGAUCCUCACUGUAACCUGGAAACACUGCAGUUGAGUGAUUGUGGUAUCACAGAUGAAGGUUGUGCUGCUCUAGCUUCAGCUCUAAGAUCAAACCCCUCACACCUGAGCUAUUUGAACCUAAGUGGAAAUAAACUAAAAGAUUUAGGAAUUAAUCUGAUCUCUUCUGUACUGGAUGAUCCUCACUGUAAAAUGAAAACACUGCGGCUGAUUGAUUGUGGUGUCACAGAUAAAGGCUGUGCCGUUCUGGCUUCAGCUCUGAGAUCAAACCCCUCACACCUGAGAGAACUGAAUUUGUCUGGAAAUAAACUAGGGCCAUCAGGAGUGAAACUACUCUCUAAUGGACUGGAUGACCCUCACCGUAAUCUGGAGAUACUGGGCUUGAUUAAUUGUGGUAUCACAUAUAAAGUUUGUGCUGCUCUGGCUUCGGCGUUGAGAUCAAACCUCUCACACCUAAGACAUCUCAAUUUGUCUGGAAAUAAAAUACAAGACAAAGGAGUGGAUCUGCUGUGUGCUGGACUGAAGGAUCCUCACUGUAAACUCGAAACACUGUGGCUAAAGGAUUGUAAUGUUACAGAUAAAGGUUGUGCUGUUCUGGCUUCAGCUCUGAUAUCAAAUCCCUCUCACCUACAAAAACUGGAUCUGACUAGAAAUUUUCUUGGAAGGUGAGUGAAGUUGCUCUCUGCUCUGAAGGAUGAUCCGGAUUAUGAACUGAAGACACUUCUGUUUUAGAUGUUAGUCUGACCUUCUCUGGAUUGGCUGACAGUAAAUAAAAAGCCACUAAAGAAACUGCACAUUUAAUAAAGACACCAUAGUGAUCAUAACACAGAGAUGUGUUUGUGUUACUUUCCAUAAUGAUUCUUUUCUCUACAUUUGUAUUGGUACUCCAUUUCAUAUUAUAAUAUUAUCUUUUGUUCAAUCCUUAAUAAUGCAUUGUGUUGCCACCUUUGUCAUAUUACAUUUGUUGCUCAUAUGGAUUCAAAUGAGAAAAUCCUUUUUUUCCUUUCUUCAGUUUAGGUAUGAUAGAACUGUUGCAAUUAACACAUUUUUACUUUAUAGCUUAUAUUUAUAUUUCAAACUUUAUAGCUUUUUAUGUUUGAAUAAUGAAAUUUGCUGUGCUAUUCCUGUGCUUUACUGUGCUGCUUAUUUUUCAUGAUUGAUGUUUUCUUUUCUUUUUUUACAUCAGUUUUUUGUUAAAUAAAUUGUCAUGCCAUUUCA